UGACCGGAAGUCACCGAUCUUGUCAAAACCGCAUUGCCACCUGACCAGCCACGUGCCGUCGCACGCCGCCAUCAGUAUCUCCCACCCGUUCCCACACUUGCCACGCGCCGCCUUCUAGCCGUCCGUUUCCGACGUCAUUUGUUGCUACAUGAUCAGUUUUUCAAUCUGAUUCUAUUGGGACCACUUUCAGUGUGUGGGUCUCACGUUGAAGGUGCAUUUCAGCCGGGUUUUUUUUCCUCCAACAAAUUUAUUCGUUGUUAUUUGGUGUUGUUGAGAAUUUGUUACCCUGCUGAAGCAUCAUGACUGAAAAUUUCCAGCCAAAGGAGGUUGUUGUUAAGGAGAAUCCUCCUAAAAAGAGUCUAAUUUCGUUUGUGUUUCAAGGAGCACUCGUUAUUACCACCGAGAAAUUGAAUGGUAAUAAGAAUUAUAUGAAUUGGUAUGCUUUGGCUGAGUUAUGAUUUUUGGGUCUGUCAGACCAUCUUACUAAGAAGGUUUCAGAAAUUGAUGCGGCAAUAAAAGAUGAUUAGGAAUCCGCUGAUUAUUAACUUGUAUCAUUGUUAUGGAAUUCUAUUGAGCCAUAGUUGAUGGCACACUUUCGUCCGUACAAUGUUAUGAGGUUUGACAGAAAGCUAAAAACCUUUAUGCUAACGAUAUUCAAAGAUUGUAUGAAUCAGUCCGCAACUUGGCCACUCUUCAGAUGAAUGGUCAUGACUUAUUAGAAUAUUUGACCCAUGCUCAGUCCACUAUUAAUGGCCUCAAACUUAUGCUGGUUAGUGAUGAUAUUACGAAGGUAUUGGGCAAGCUUGACAAUAUGUUCAUGGUGUUUGUUCUUCAUAGUCUACCUAAGGAAUAUAGUUCGGUUAAAGACCAAGCGCUAACAAAUACUACCAUCCCUAUGGUAGAAGAGCUGAUAGAUCGCCUUGUCCGGGUAUCCUUACCAAGUGAUGACACUCUUAUUGCUCCCGAGUCCUCUGCUUUUGUUUCUAACUUUAGUAGUGGAGGACGUAGUGGACAUAGUCGUGGUCGAGGAUGUGGUAGAGGGGGUAGAGGUAACUUCUAUUAUACUCAUUGUAAGAAAGAUGGGCACACUCAAGAUCGGUGUUUCAACUUACAUGGUUUCCCCAACAAAACUUCUAAUGUUGCUCAAACCUCUACAAAUCUUGAGUCAAAGGGUGAACUCGAAACUACUUUUUAUGCCGAUGAGUAUAAGGAGUAUUUGAAGUUGAAGGUAGCACAAUAUGUCACCUCCUCAACGAUCAUUGCUCAUACUCGUAAUUCUACGGUUUGUCUCUCUCACUCUACACCUACUGGAUGGGUUACGGAUUCUGGUGCUUCAGACCAUGUGACCAAACUUUUCUCUAAAUUAUCACCACUAAAAUAUCCACAUUAUGUUGCUAUUACGGAUGGAUCUAAAGUUGAGGCAUCUAGUGUUGGACAAGUGUCACCUAUUCCCUCUCUCUUUGAACUCUGUUUUAUUGAUUACUAAUUGUCAUUUCAAUUUAAUUUCUAUAAGCAAAGCAAAUUAACCAGUUCUUUAAACUAUGCCAUAACCUUUACUUCUAAUUCCUUUUUGAUACAACACUAGAGUACGGAACAAACGAUUGGAGUCAGAACUGAAUCUAGUGGUCUUUACUAUCUUCAACCUCCCACUUCCACUAUAUGUGCUACGAAUCUCCUGAUCGUCGUUUAGGUCAUCCGAGUUUAUCAAAAUUGAAGAAAAUGGUGUCCGACCUUUCUCAUUUAGAGUCCUUAUAGUGUAACUCAUGUCAGUUAGAAAAACAUGUUUGAGUUUCUUUUUCCAGUCGUAUUAAUAACAAAAUCAUGUCUCUAUUUGAUGUUGUUCAUUCCGAUGUUUGGGGUCCUAGUCGGAUUCCUUCUAUCUUAGGGUAUAUAUAUAUAUUUAGACACACACACACGGCUAUUGACGUAGUGUUUUCCGGUUACAGCGAUUGUGUUUGCGAUGUUGAUUAUCAUGUUCAGGUUCCCCACCCUUUCUAGUUGUUGUUUCUAGACUCUUGCCCCUUGUUUUUGAUGUUGCGUAUAUGCAAGUUGCAAAGAUCAAGCAGCCCCCCCACAUAAUAGGCAGUCUGUUCUGAUUGUGGUUCUUAUUAAAGAAUCACUUGUUAUUUUAAAUACUUUUAGAGCUUGAAUUAGUAGUUACAAUAUAUUGGGUUUUGAUUUUGAUGUUAGUGACAAAUUAUAAAGGUUAAUUAUAAUUAUCAAGCAUGAUUGCCACUUAAAUUGUGUUUUUGUUUUUUAAUUCUUAACUUUUGACUAUUUAUGUAUAUUGUUGGGAUUUAUGUUUAACUGUACCACUUUAGCCUUUUUGGGGUUGGGUGCUUCGCACUGCCAACUAAGAUUAACAACAGAUCAAUGUGAGAUGUAUUAAGGAUGAUGACGAAAAUUGUUCAGUGAACAUGGUAUCAAAGAUGAAAGAGUAAUAUAAAUACUUAAAUGAGGGUAAUAACUUUUUGAGUCAUACUAUUAUGACAGGAGACAAACAUCACUAGAAAUCAAUUUCAUUUUAAAUCAAAUUAUUAAGAGAGAUUGAAAGGUAAAUGGUAAUAGUGAGUUAGUGCACCGCCUGGUUAAAUGAUCACUAAAGUUCAAGGCAGUUAUGCAGCAUCUCAUGUUUUGAUUUGUAUUUUCAACUGUUUUGUUAUAAUUGGUGGAAAAAGUUUGGCUGUCAACUGGAAGAGUGUAUAAAAUGCUUGUGCGCGAAGUAAGUGGAGACCCUGCAUUUGAGGGGUUCCCUUAGUAUUGUGAAGUGAAGCCAGUAGAAAUAGAGUAUAUCAGAUCAUAUCCCACGCCUUCCAAUUUGGUCCUUCUCUUCAUUCCAUACAAUUUUCACCCUAACUAAGGAACACUUCAAAAUUUUAGAACCCCCCUCUCCUCCUCCUC